CCGAACCUUUUCGACCUGUCAAAGCCAUGGCUGUAGACCUCUUCCCUCACACCCCACAUUGUGAGAUGGUGAUGCUUCUUGAGAGGUUAGUACUUGUUCAUGAUUAUGAGGAAAUAAUUGUAACCGAAUGUUUAUUGAAUGACUGAGAAAAAUGGGUGCUGAGGAUAACGAUGACAGGGGCCUUGUCCCAAAUGUUUCUUCAAGCUCUAAACUUCAACAGGUUGAAGAGUCUACUGGAAUUUCAGAAGAAAUCCCAUCUGUUCACCAACGAAGAAAACCAAAUCUUUUAUUAGAGAUUCCCCCAAGAUCUUUAGAAGGAGGGUCAAGUUCAGGAUCAGUCAGAAUAAAUAUGCCUCCAACUCCGAGCCCCACUUAUGCGAGGGUAAGCUUGUCCCCUUCUACAAGUUUGCCGAAAGGGAAAUCAUCUAUAAGAAAUAUCCUACCAUGGCCAAGUUUCAAGUCUAGAGGGAUUGCUUUUGAUAAUGAGAGGGCUUCUACUCCUCCGUCUGCAUUGCCUAGAGAGAAAUCUUUGGUUAGAAGGUCUUUUUCUCUCACUAAGAUGUUUUUACCAUCCCCAGCCAAAAGAACGUCCUCUCUACCAGUUACACCAGUUGGGGAUCCUAACUCUGAAUCAGUGAGAGGAAGAAGUGACAUCGACCAGUGUAGCCCUAUAACACCAGGAGUUCAGAAGCAUAUGCCACGUUCACUAUCUGUUCCUGUGAUUAUUAAGGCUAGAAGCUUGAAGAGGACAGACUCUAUAGGUGCCCUAUACCGUAUAAUCCCGUCUACUCCUCAUGUACCAGAAGUAGGAGGGGCAACAUCAAAUUCUGCCGCAAAUGUAAAUGCUGACUCUGAAGAUGCUGGGGAAGAUAUACCUGAAGAAGAGGCUGUGUGCAGGAUAUGUUUGGUUGAAUUGAGUGAGGGGGGUGAUAGUUUGAAAAUGGAAUGCAGUUGUAAGGGAGAACUUGCACUGGCCCAUCAAGAGUGUGCAGUUAAAUGGUUUAGCCUCAAGGGUAAUAAGAACUGUGAUGUUUGUAAGCAAGAGGUCCGUAACCUUCCUGUCACACUAUUACGUAUACAAAGUUCUCAAACUGCUGGAUUGCAAUCAACUAGAGCACGGGGAAGAGUGGUUCAGCAUUACAGGGUUUGGCAGGAUGUGCCAGUUCUUGUCAUGGUCAGCAUGCUCGCCUAUUUUUGCUUUCUUGAACAACUUCUGGUUACAAAAAUGGGAUCAGGUGCUCUUGCCAUAUCUCUACCUUUCUCAUGCGUCUUGGGUCUUCUUGCCUCGAUGACAACAUCAUCUAUGGUGAGGAAAAAGUAUAUUUGGAUUUAUGCGUCUGCUCAAUUUGCUCUGGUGGUUAUCUUCGCUCAUCUUUUCUACUCCUUGCUCCAUGUACAAGUUGUUCUAUCAGUCCUGCUCUCUGCAUUUGGGGGAUUUGGGGUUACCAUGACUGCAAAUUCUUUGCUCCAUGAAUUCUUACGAUGGAGAACCAGGUGGCGUAAUUGGCAGGAGGCCCGUCACCAUGCACAACAAGAAAAUCCAAUGCCGCAAAACACCAUUCAAUCUGAGACCAAUACAAGUGAAAACCGUCCUUCAAUUUUUGAGAUUGCACAAGGAGGAUGAAUCAUCUUCCUUUCUCAUGGUUGAAUACCCAUUAUAAUAUUUUAUUUUAUUUUGCCCUUUUCUCCUUCCAUUGGAAUUUUAUUCUUGAGGUUCUAUAGUGCUUGGUAAUCACAGUUGUGAUUUUGAGUACCAUAGACAAUUGUAAAAAAGGAAAUUUGGGUGUAUUUGAGCUGUCUUGUGUUGUGCCAUUUUCAAUAGAAAGGGUAUUUGUUUCA